CAGACGGCUCCUCUUCAGGCAGACAUCUGAGAACGCAUCCUCCUCCUCCUCCUGACAUGGCUGAUGCCAAGAUGCUCCUCUGCUGCCUCACCAUCAUCUGCUGCUGCUCAGUGGCGAUGGCGCAGAUGCCCGUGGACUGCUGCCUGUCCGUCAAGAACCAAACCAUAGAUAAGAUUGUUGUUGCAGAUUAUUAUCCACAGGCCAAAGGCUGCGCUCUGGACGCCACCAUCUUGGUGACCAGAAGGAAAAAAACACUCUGCGUGCCUCAUGAUGAGCAGUGGGUCCAAGACGUGAAGAAACACGUGGAUCGUUUGAAGAGACGCUGCAAGGAAAACGGCUAUAAGGCCCGGCGCUGCUUUGGCCUGAAGCGGCAGUGAAGAACAGAGAGGGAUUCAAACCUUCACCAAGCUGCUCCGACUCGUCCUGUUACUGAAGAUGCUCUCUUGACUGGUCUUUGAAUGUUUAAGCUUCAUCUGAAACUGGAAGGAUUUUUAUUUUUGAGGCAGUGAAGAAAAGAAAAAAACUGUGAAUCGAUCAUUUAGGUGAGGAGAACUGAAAUGUGACUGCAGGGUUCAAGCUUUUCUAAAUUUCUGUGACUUUUUGUGAACUAUCUUUGAUGUUUUGUUGGUUAUUUAGCAGCAGAGACUCAUCACAGUUCAAGACGCCGCAACAAUAAGUCAGAAAGGAGUCAAAAAUUCUUUACAUUUGAAAAUGUACCCUUUUUUUUGGAAAAAGAAAACAAAUUCUCUUUAAAUAUGCAAAUAUAAUCUGUCAUACAAUUGUCAGAUUGUCUUAUUUUAAGAAAAGAAAUGCAGUCACUAAAACAUGUUUUCUUAAAACUAAGCGUAUUUUUCUACUGAAAAACUUUCUCAAUGAAAUACUUUUUCUUUCAAGACCGAAAAAAUACUAUUUUUGUUUUAAACAAGUCUUUUUACUCUCUGAAGAUUCCGUUUUUGCAGUGGAGUCCCUUGGUCUUUUGAUUCAUGUUCAGUAGUUGGAUGCUGUUGUCAGAUUUAAUUCUUCAGUUUUGAGAUUCUACCAUCCCAACCCCAAAUCACAUCCAGUUCUGGUCGCUGUUCCAGUCCAUCCAUGUAAACCCUUCUUCUUUGCUUACAUUUUUCUCUGCUGCCAUGUUUUCCAUUUGUAAUUUUAAGCUAAUUUUUUUUAAAUUGUGUAAAGUUAUGUAACUGUUAUGCUAAUCUAUUUUUUUGCUCCAUCAUAUCAAAUGUGAUUCAUAAAAGUUUAUUCCUGAUUGCUUUUGGACUCAAGUGUCUCGCAUUUGUAACAGGAUUCCAUCACUUAUAAUGAAAAUGUUUUGCAUCUGUCAGGUUUCCUUAAUAACAUGUUUUCUCUAAAAUGUGUCUGUAUUGUCAUUAUUGGAGACUUAUUAAAAAUUACCACCACUAUUAA